AUGCCUUCCAUCAAACGUGCGCAGGAGUCUUUGGACUCGGAUGAAGAUCAGAGUGAUAGCGGAUUGGAAAGUGCUGGAUCGGCCUCUCCCUCUCAUUCAAGAAAACGACCUCGCACAUCGAACACACCACCCGAGCGAAAUGACGAGAGCGAUCCAGAAACGAGUCCCCAUUCCUCCCGCUCUUCCUCUCUGGCCGAGGAUGCGAUGAUGAAUGACGAAGAGUUAGAACUUCACCAGACCCAGAUCAUCCAGCAGAAGUAUGCCAAAAUUCUCAAUGAAGAAAACAUACCGUCGGAGCACGGAAUUCUGGAACGUGUCGAUUGCUACAAUUUCAUGUGUCACAAUCACUUUUCGGUGGACUUGGGUCCACUUAUCAAUUUUAUUGUCGGCAAGAAUGGCAGCGGUAAAAGUGCAAUCUUAACGGCACUGACGCUCUGCUUGGGUGGCAAAGCGUCCGCAACCAACCGCGGGCAGAGCCUCAAGACUUUCAUCAAGGCAGGCAAGGAUAAUGCCAAUAUUAUCGUGCGGAUCAAAAACCAGGGCGAUGGCGCAUACCGACCUGAGGUUUUUGGAAAGUCCAUCAUUGUCGAACGCCAUUUCAACAGGAGCGGAUCCAGUGGAUUCAAAAUCAAAGCUGAAAACGGCCAUAUCAUUUCGACUAAAAAAGCAGAGCUUGAUUCAAUCACCGACUACUUUUCUCUACAGAUCGACAAUCCUAUGAAUGUGCUAUCUCAAGACUUGGCUCGCCAGUUUCUGAGCACGUCUAGCGCAACAGAGAAAUACAAAUUCUUCGUUAAAGGCGUGCAGCUGGAGCAGUUGGACAAUGAUUACCGUUUGAUUGAAGAGUCUGUCGACCAGAUGGAAGAGAAAAUCCGGAGUACAAGCGAAGAUAUUAAGAUGUUGGAAGACCGCAGGGAUGCCGCAAGGAAGAAGUUAGAGCUAUCGGACCAGCACGAUUCCCUGCGGGAACGUAUCAGACAUCUGCGCAACCAGAUGGCCUGGGCUCAGGUCGAGGAACAAGAACGGACUCGAGACUCUCUGAGCGAUGAGCUCGCCAAAUGGGACGAGCAAAUCGCUAGUGCAAAUGCCAAUCUCAGGAGCUAUGAUGACAGGUUUCAAGAAGUUGACGCUGAACAUGACAACGCUGCAGAUCAUGCGUUACAAGCCGACAGAGCAUUCCAGGCGGCACGGGAUCAAGGAGAGAACAUCGAGAAAAGGCUUGCUGACGAAAUGAAGGAUCGAUCGGACCUUCAGAUCCAACAAGGAGUGAUCAGAGAUUACAUUCAAGGAGCAGAAAAUAGAAUUGCCAAGGCGCAGAAGGAAAUCGAUGCCGAAAGCCAACGCUUGGCUGAGGCGAGCAAUGGAGGGUAUGCUCGUAAGCAGGAAGAGUGUGAGCAGGCUGCGGCUCGUGCAACUACUGCUCGCCUGGAACUCGAAGCCCACGUUGAAGCUGAACGGGGCUUGCUAGAAGAACGUCGGCUGGCUGAAAAUAAGCAUGAAGUGGCAAAGGAGGCCUAUGAGGCCAAAGAAAAAGAUCACAACGAAGCAAACGAUCGCUUGCAGAAUCUCCGCAAAGAGAAUGGCCAAGUACGGAAUCGGUUCCAUGAAAAAAUGCCGGCUCUCAUACAGGCCAUACGUACAGAGAGCUCAUGGACCACACCUCCCAUCGGUCCCGCCGGCGAUUAUGUCACCUUGCUCAAGCCCAAAUGGUCGUCCAUCCUGGAGACUGCCUUAACCAAUACUCUCAACAGUUUCAUUGUGUCAUCGAAAAGUGAUCAGAAAAAGCUGUCUGAGAUCAUGGAAAAAGUGAAGUGCCAGUGUCCAAUUUUGAUUGGAAGUGGGGCUGAUAUCGACACGUCUGCUCUUGAGCCUGACCCUCAAUACGACACAGCUCUGAGGUCACUGGAGAUUGAACACCCAAUGGUCCGGCGACAGCUCAUCAUUAAUCAUGCGGUAGAGCAAAUGCUAUUGAUUGAAAGCCUGGAAGAGGCAUCCACUGUGCUUUUUGACGGAGAAAGACCAAGAAAUGUCAAAAGAUGUUACUGCAUCGAUGCAAGGGAUAGACGCAGAGGGCUCCAUCUUUCAUACAAUCGAUCGGGCGAUCCUAACCAGGCUCCAGUUGCGAUGUUCUCUGGUAGCCCCCGGAUGAAAUCAGACGCGGCCUUGCGAAUCAGGGCCCAAGAAGAAGUCGUACAGGAUAUUAAGCGUCAGUUGAAUGAUCUGAAGCAAGAUCUCGAUUCAGCUAGUUCCUAUGUCCAGACCUGCAAACAAGCACUUGAUCGACACAAGACAAUGAAGGUCGAAUUGAACUUGACCAUGCAAAGGAUGGAAGAUGAGUAUGAGGCUCUCAAAGGUGCUCUGGAUCAAGCGAACAUUGAGGAAGAUGGUGGGCGCAUAGAUACCCUACGGACUAAUCUGCAGGAUGCGAAAAAUGACAAACAAGUCAAUGAAGGGUCUUUCGAUGACAGCAAGAAGGCCAUGGAAGCUUUAAUGCAAAACCUCAAGGCGAUCCGACGAGAACUAUCGGCUCAGAAAACCGUGAUCAAUAAUCUGGAGAAGGAGCGCAACGUUGCGGAAAGUGAGCGGAAGCGUGUGAUGGACCGUCGGACAGAUAUUCUUCGUGAGAAAAGUACUGCCAUCGAAACCAUCGAAAGGUUCAAAGAAGAUAGAGAUAAAAUCUAUCAGAAGCGGGAAGAGCUUGUGGAGCGAGUACUCUCCUACAUUGAGAAGGCUAGCUUGGUAUCCACGAGGGUUUCGGUCGGCGAAGGCGAAACCGCCGACAGUCUUGAUCAAAAGCUCCACAAGCUGCAGAACGAUCUGCAACGCUACCAUCAACACCUGGGUGGCUCGCGGGAUGAAAUCGCAGCAGAAGCUGCUCGCGCCGAAGCUGCUUAUGUACACGCAAUGAAACAAGUUGAAGAGCAUAUCACACUAGCAGAACAAUUGAAGAGCACCCUCCACCAUCGGAAGAACCGAUGGGAGCUGUUCCGCGCCCAUAUCACCUCUCGGGCAAAGGCCCAGUUUACCUAUCUGUUGAGCGAAAGAAGCUUCCGGGGUCGACUACUUACUUUCCAUGACAAGAAGAGUUUGGAUCUUCAAGUUGAGCCCGACAUCACGAAGGAUGAUAGCACCGGCCGCGGUGCCAAGACUCUCUCUGGUGGUGAGAAAUCUUUCUCACAAGUCUGUCUGCUGCUCGCCCUCUGGGAAGCCAUGGGAUCCCCGAUCCGCUGCCUGGAUGAAUUUGACGUGUAUAUGGAUCACGUCAACCGCAAAAUGUCCAUCGACAUGCUCAUGAUGGCUGCCCGGCGUUCAGUUGGGCGACAGUUUAUCCUGAUCACCCCGGGAAGUAAAACGGAUAUCACCAUCGCCCCUGAUGUUCGGGUGAAAGAGCUCGCUGAACCGGAGCGUGGCCAAACCACACUGUCCUUCUAA